AUGUUAGCAACAUUUCAUUUAACUUCUUCACCCAGUCAUGAAAGGGUUUUUAAUCAUCCUCGAUCUGUGUUUAAGUUGAUUACUAACCUUGAUGAUGCCUUCAACCUGUUUGAUGAAAUGACACAGAGACAACCUCUGCCCCCAGUAAUUCACUUCAAUCAGUUGUUGCAAGGUGUUACCAAAAUGAAACACUAUUCUUGUUCCAUAGACUUUUUUAAACAAAUGAAUGCCCUUCGUGUUCCUAUCGAUAUGUACACUAUUAGCAUUGCUAUCAAGUGUUGCUGCCAAAUGUACCAUACCAAUGAAGGAUUUGCAGUCCUUGGCUAUGGGUUUAAACGUGCUGUUUUACCUAAUGUUUACACAUUUAAUACACUCUUAAAUGGACUCGUCCUAGAAGAUAGAGUCCCCAAGGCGGAAAUAUUAUUCAAGAAGCUAAUCAAAGAGGAACUUUGUGAACCUAAUAAAAUUAUGUAUAACACUAUGAUUAAAGGGCUUUCUAAAUUUGGCAAUAAUGAUAAAGCCAUUGCUUUGCUCAAACGAAUGGAUCAAAAGGGUUGUAACCUGAUGUGUUCACAUAUAGCACCAUCAUUGAUAGUCUUUGCAAGGACAAAAGGGUAG